AAGGCCGAACGGCGAGGCCAACGUCCACCGUCCAAGCGCCGCUUGAAAGUCGAAACUUUCCCGAGAAAAUCAAGGAAAGAAAGCGAGAGAGAAAGAGAAGGAAAAUGGCUGGGAGCUCUAAUACUUGGGCCUAUGCCCGGAUCAUCACCGGAACCAUUCUCGGUGGCGUUCUCGGCUUCUACGUCAUGGAUCGCGUCGAGAAAAGCUACAAGGAGAAAGUGAAGGAGAGACUGAGACAGUACGAAAGUGAAUUGAAGAAGAAAGAGAAAUUGAAUGAGUUUGAAGAGUCUAUGUAGACUGUACCCUACCAGUGUUCUUUCUUCUUUUUACUUCUGCUUGUGGUUGUUGAACACAAAAAUGUUGAAAUUUUGAAUCAUAUGUUUUUGUAUUUGGACUUAGCCA